UGUGGCACCGCCCCUCUCUCUGACAGGCGUGUUGUAGUCUCGCAUUUCUUCACUCGUCUCUGUUUAUAUAUUUUUUGAAAAAACGGGGCAUUUUACCCGAAGUGACAUUCCGGCGCACAGCGACUCAAACACAGGAACAUCUCCAGCACCGCUUUCAUCCGCUGGACCCUCCUGAAGGCUUGAAGAGAUGUCGUCCGUGUGGCAGCAGGAGCCGUCAGGUUACUCCCCCUGCGUAGAGAUCGACUCCAGCUCUGUGAGGUGCAAAGACAGGCUCACCUCUCCGGCCUGGCUGAAGCAGGAACAAGAUGAACUCCGCAUCAUCAAGUGGGAGAACUUUCAAACGGGAGGCUCAGCUGAUGCAGUUCAGGACAACACGCCCAGCAGUGCCAUGUCUGCCGCCUCACAUGUAGAAAGCCUGCCCCCGAGGGUGCUGUUGACCAUCACCAAGCUCCAGUGCAUGCUGGAGAGCAAACAGGAGCGCAUUGCAGCGCUGGAGAGACAGGUGGAGGACCUGAUGCAGGACCGCAAGUUCCUGAGGAGCCAGAUCGAAAACCUCACGAGUAACCGCUCCAUGCCAACCUUUGCAUCACCGAGUCCACUGACUGAAGCUCCGAAACCCAGCAAAGUGCAGCACUCAGAAAACAAAUCUCGGAAGAGAGAAAGAGCUUCUUGUAGUGCCUCUGACAGCAGUGACAGCGGCUCUGAAGCGUCAGACUCCUCUGAAGUUUCAGCGGCCUCGAGCGAACACAGAAGGAAGAAACACCAUAAGGACAAGAAAAGAUCAAAGAAAGCGAAAGACUACAGCAGGAAGAGAGCCACCGGUGUCCAGUAUGUCAUCCACCGCUACAAACAAGUCCUGUCAGCCUUCAUCAAGAAGAAAAGCAUGAGUGAAGCCUUCCGCCACCUGGGAAUCGACCGGAACACCAUCGCCAACACAGCGUCGAUUGCAGAGCUCCACCUGGCCGGCAAAGACAUGGUCCCCUUGGUGGGCAUGUUUCGCCAAGGAGAAGAGACUCUGGUCAGCUACGCCCAAAGGUGCACUUUGGUCAUUGACAGCGACGCUGACCUGUCCAGGAGAAUAGACCACAUGAAAGCUAACGGCGAGCUGCUGCCCAUCUCAGGGAAAAGGCCACGGGUGUUGCAUUCUCACCUGCAGCAGCUGGGGGGCGCUGCGGAGAGCAUUUUAAUAGGUUGAUGAUCAUUUUAUUGCAUGGGGAACGGGUGAAACAUAAUGCCUUCAUAGAAUUAUAUCCUUAUGUUUGUUUUUUUCCCCCAACCUGAACUGCUGGAUUUAUGUUUCAUGUAGCAUUUUUUUGCAAUUCUUAAAGUUGAUUUAUGUCUCAGAGAGAACAACAAUGUUAAUUAUUUUCAGUCUCCACAUAUGCACAUUUAGGAUGUAUAUUUUGUACUUGAUAGCCAUAAAAAUUGUUCACAGCUGCUUUCACUAAGGGAAAUUAUGUUUUUUUUUUUAUUAUUAUUAUUUAAGAGCAGGAGUGUGUGUAGUGUUAGAAACACCCACAAGAUGGCAGUGCUCACAUAUUAGAUGUAUGUUUACAAAUCACUCCUCUUGUCAUUUACUCCAAAAUGGUGGAUAGUCACUUUCAAUUUUCCAGCUCCCAGUUUUUGUUGGAGGUGUAACUUUAUGUUCAUAGACUUUGUGAAAAUAAUUUUGUUGACAUUAUUCAUUAUUCUGUGAUUCAUUAUGCUGUAUUUGAACCGAGCGAUUUAAAAACUGCAAAGUGUGUUAAUGUUUUUGAACUGCCCACAAAUGAAAAUGAAGACGCUGUUUGUUCAUACAGAGA